AUGGCCGCCUGUGGACUACCUCCGGAGAUCUGGAGUCAUAUCGUAUCCAACGUUCCCGUCUUUGGGCAGAGAAAUCUCCUCCAAGUCUCACGCUCGUUGCACGAAAUCGCCCGGAGUAUCGUGUUCUCGGCGGUCAAGAUAUACAUCAUCGGUGGGGAUGCAGUGUAUAAGAUGCUGAGCACGGAGGACGACCACUUCAAAGAGGAAGCCACCCACAAGUUGACGACUCGUUCCUAUGAAUUACUUCGACAAAUGACGAGAGAUCCGUCGUUCGCCCGUGUGGUGCGAGACCUCACUGUGGUCACAUCCAGCGACUGCGAAUCAACCUUUGAAUACCUCUUUCUGGCCGAUGCCGUGAAAUCUUUGCCCAAUCUCCAAACAUUCCAGUGGAUUGGUCCACAUCCACCGCUGGCUGACAACAUUACUGAAAGUCUCCCGGACGACCUUCAGAGUUUGAGCCUGAAAACGUACGUUCCGCCCGCCAACCUGCUUCACAGGUUCCACAAUAUCGCCCAACUGGCCUUUCCUACUCCCUUCUUCUACCCUGACGACGAUGAAGCCCGUGAUUACGGUUCUGCGAGUGCUACGCUCCUGGACAUUUCCCAUCUCAUCCCCGACUUCGACGAGAUCAUGAGCACCAUGGCUCUCGACAACUUGCAUUCUCUGACCAUCAACGCAGUCUAUCUCCCCAAGCUUCCAAUCAAAGUCAUUGGAAACUUGACACAACUAGAUAUUUGUGUUACAACGACCAUCCAUCCAGGGGGGCUUGACCUCGUAUUCCGACAUGCUCUCUCCUUGGAAUCCCUGACACUUUUUGGCUAUGUCGACCGAGACGUGUUUUCAUGGUUCCCCUGUGAGGCAUCGGAUCUUCCUGCUCUUCGUUCAUUCCGUCUGUCCUGCGACCGGUUCACGAUGAUCCAGCCCCUUGAACCUCAGGAGAUGGAGGUCCUGUUGAAGUUCCUUGGGGAUCGCCCCAACAUGCGGAGACUCUAUCUUCGUAUCCCUAGCAUCAACUUCAUUAAUCUCACAGCCCUCGCCCCCGUAAUCCGAAGCAUGAAAACUCUCGAAGUUUUCGGAAUCCAUACUGGGGCGAUCGUUGUGGAUGAUUGGUUCGUCCCAUUCAUUGCGAGCAUCCUCCCAGCUAGUAUCACCGCAUUACAUUUGGCCAUUGACUGGAAUGGAAGCAGCUUAUUGCCGUUGGUCGACUAUCUCGCCAAUUUUCCGAGGCUCCAGUUCUUUCAUCUAUAUGGCGUGAGAACCCGGAUUACAUUGCUACUGGAGGAUGCAGCAUCCACCGCAACGAACCUGACUCUGAUUGGGAGGAAUCGUUCACUCUUUGAUAUUGUCAGGGGUGGACCUGAGCUUGAGCUCAAAAAGUGGCCUCGGUGGAAAACCAAGUUCUGCACCGAGGUGGAUUUUCAGCAUGAAGACCAUUUCUGGUUAUAUCAAUACAAUUGA